AUGGUGGUUAUGUAGAGGGGAACUGCAAGGGAAGGCAGAUUGGAACAGAACCGCCAACAACAUCAAACAAGGAGCAAAGAUUACAGCGAUCGAACAAAGCUCCAGUCUUUUCUUCUUCUAUGAUUCCCUUCCCUCGAGCAUCUAAAAAGGGUCCCCUGAGAGCUGAGAAUUAUCUCGAAUAUCUAGAGAGGUAACCCUUCUCCCGCUUUUGCUCGCGCCAGCCGCCUCAUGGCUCUGGUUUUUGUAUCGAGACGGCGGAGGGUUUCGGCGCUGGGGUCGGGAUAAUGGUCUGUUGAGGGUUCUGGGAGUGAUCGGGAGACUGGAUGAUGGCGCCUGCUUCUCGGGCUGGUUCCGGCUACUGGAUUUUCUUGCGGGGGUUUCCUCCGUUGUUGAGGAAAGGAGGCGGCUUGUUCAUCCCCGAUUGUGGUUUUGGAGGCCCGAGAUUGAUCAUGGUUUAGAAAAUGGAAGAGGGCUGCACUUGGAAACCCUUCUGGAACUUGCUUUUAGUCACGUGUAGUCGCUUCAGAUGUGCAACCCUAAUGGAUCUUGGUUCUUUCCGCUGAUCACUGGCCUGUUUGCGUUCUUGAGGUGCCAUAGAAAUGUGAGUUUAUACAAAGGAAAAAGGGGAACAAGAUUUAUCUGACAAGUUGAAUUUGGGUACCUUGGGUUACAUUUUUGUUCUAUUGGAAGUUUAUUUUCCUGGGAUUUCAUUAUGAUGCACCAAAAAGUGUAAAUAUAGUCAUUCUGGAGCUUGAAAUUAGCGUGUGGACAAGGCUUAUGAGCAGGAGCACCGGCGGUGGUUCAUUCCCUAACCGGAACUACUGAACUGGAUAUUGGGACUUUUUGGUCAGCAAUUGGCAAGUGUGCAGUAAUGUCACGCUGCUUCCCGUAUCCACCACCAGGACCAGGAUACGAAAAGAAGGCGAAGAAUGUUGCAAGGAGUGACUACGUAUACUUACUGGCAAAGGCGAAGCACAAUGAGAAAAAGCAUAAAAAGGAGAACAGGGAUACAGAAAAAAGGGAAGGUAAAAAAGGAAGGGACAAAGACCAAAGAAAAGACAAACACAAAGAACAGAAAAAUCGAAGAGAAAGGCACAAGGGUGGACGUGGGACAUAUAAUGAUAGGAUCGAGAAACCGAUUCAAUGUCACCAUAAAGACAGGCUGGAGGGCAGCUGGAAAACUGAAGAUAUUAAGCAUUACAAAUUAACUGAGUUGUACUAUCAGAUCAAACUUGAAGAGAAGGUUGAAGCAAAUGGAAUGGUCGGUAACUCCACUAGUUUCAUCCAAAGAAGCUUUGAUGGAUCCGGUGCUAAAGCUGCAAAGCUUAUGGAAAGAGUUGCAAGUAUUAUUGUCAUUUCUGCUUCUAUGUAUUCUUUGCCUUGGAGAAACAAUGGGAUGGACAGCAGAUAAAUUGCCUAGUUUGAUUCAAAGUCAUACCGAGGCUUCUGGAUCUGCAAAUGCUGUUAAAAAAGAAUGAAAUACAGCUAAUUUGGUUCCAGACUUCAUUUAUCUGGGGCAAAGAGGAAAUGGUGGUAAUGAACAAAGAGGAAGUGGACUCAAGGGUUUCUCUUCAACAAAGAUCUGAUGGUCCAUACAUCACAACUGCAGUGGAAAAGGAGAACUGCAAAUGAAACAAAAUUGUUGUUCCUAUUAGCAUGGUACAAAGAUCUUCUAAUGGUUUGUGCCAAUCAGCAGAAAGCUCUACGAUUCUGGCUCAUAGAAAAGUUGAUGCCAUUGGCCUUGCAAAGAAAACAGAGGACAGCAGAGAAAUCAAGAAACUGGUUCCAAACAUCUUUAUAGAGCAGAGAGAACAGGGGGAAUUGGCCAACCAAUUGAGAAGGUUGAAGCAAAAGUAUUGAGGGGAAAGAGAAUAAAAUGGUAGGGGACGCUUGUGGUAGAAAUGACCCAAGAUGCAUGAGCAGUGGUCAGGAUAAGAAGAACAAGGACAAGGACAAACUCAAGGAGAAAGGAAAAGAGAAGACAAAAUCGAGACAUGAAUAUGAGCAAUAAAAUAAAGAAUAUGAUGAGAUAAGGGAUGCAGGAAAAAAAGGAUUGGAUAGGUAUUUCAAAUCUAGAACUGCUAGCUUCUCAGAGAGACAAGAAAAGGAGUAGCAAUACUGAUGAAAAUAAGAAGAGAAAGGAACUUGAGAUGAAUGGCCUUCUGCAUGAGAAUGAUAUGCUGCCUGAUAAAUUCCAAAGGACAACUACCCACACAGAAAAUGGGAUGCUAGUGGACUCGUCCCAUGUUUCUUGUUCUUCCAUGAAGCCUGAGGCCAUAAAUAACAUUAAGGCAGAAAAACUUUCUGUAAGUAAUGAGGAACACAUUCUAAAUGGUGUAGAAAUGCCUCCACCAUCCUCAGAUGAAUCGAGGUAUCCAGCUGUUAUAGACAAUUCAAAAGGGUGAGUUUCUUUGAAGCCUCACUGUGAUUUCAAGUAUCUCAGUGAAAUAUACUCCAUGUGCAAAAUGGAUGAUUUGCCAGAGUAUGAUGACCAGGAAUGGCUAUACUGCAGCUUUCGACUUCAAUCAAAACCAAAGACAGAGCUUGAGGCUAAUGAGACACCUCAAGUGUGGGCUGAGGCAAUAAGAAUUGGGUCCGAGAGUGUUCUCGCUUUGCCCUAUGCCGUUCCAUUUUUAUAUCAAACUUCCUUUAUACCUGAUUCAUAUUGAAGAUAUGGUAGCAGGACCGAGAUACACAACCUAUUUAUUCUUGCUGCCUUUCAUCCCUUCAGAAGCUGAAAUGUAGAUGUCAGUCACUUGGCAUCCUAAAUAUAUCUCACAUCGUGGAUGCUCAAAUGACUUCUUGAAGCCACAAUAAUGAAAAUGCAGCGAUGGCAUACUUCUGGACAAGAAGAAGUGAAAUGACUGUACAAAUAGGAGCCUCAACCCUGUCUCGAGGCAGGCAUUCACUGGACAAGAUCCGAGUACGUGGCUUCCACCCGCGCACUGCUGGGUAGCGCCUAGGAGAAGCGCCGUUCCCUCGCUGUCUCUUGCCGCACGUCAAACAGCGGCUGCAGAUCCCGUCACAGUCAACGUUCUGCCCCGGUGGGAUAGGCGCCGGCGAGGAGGCAGGAGCCUGGACCCUGGUUUGUGGCGGGUACUCACUGGAGUACGUGGCCUCCGCAUGCGCACCUCGUGGGAGAAGGCUCGGUCCCCUCGCUUUCUCCUCCUGCACAGCAAACAGAGGCCGGUUGUCCCCAUCACCGUCAACGGUCGACCGCAGAGGGACCGGCCCAGGGCCAAAGGAGGAGCCUGAACCCUGUCUUACGGCGCGUACUCACUCGACAAUAUCCGAGUACGUGCCAUCCGCUCGCGGACCACUGGGCUGCGGGUGUGACUCAUCCGAACCAGAAAACAGCAUCUGAAGGUCCCCAGCAUCAUCAGCGAUAGACGGCUACGGGAUGGGGGCCAGUGCAACGGUAGAAACCUGAACCCUGUCUCGCGGCGCACACUCUCACUGGCCAGAGUUGUCCAUGGGAGAGGCUAUGUCCCCGCGCUGUCUCCUCCGGCAUGGCAAACGGGUCCCCAUCAUCGUCAACGUUCGAACGGCUCUUUCCUCUGUUUUCUUUAUUCCCGGCGCUUUCUUUCUCCAAAACUAAGAAGUAAAAGCGGCAGAGCGCACGCAUCCAAAGGAAGCCGAAGCCAGGGCGAAACAAAGCGCAGUUCUUUCGCUCUGCUACCAAGAACAGACUUGAAAACACCACCACGACAAUCUCACCCUCGCUCUCUCUCUCCAUUGAUUGCGCUGCUAAUUUCCCGUGUUGGAAGCUCGAGAAACGGAAGAGCCGAGGAAUCCAGAGAAGAGAAGCAGCUUUCUUCGCGCCUGACCAUGCUGCGGCACAGAGAAAUGGCCCUCCUCCCUCUUCUCAUCCUGCUCUGCUUCUUCUCUUCGCUGGCGAAAGGUGGGAGAUUUGCGAGGCUGGGCAUCAACUAUGGCACCCUCGGAGACGACCUCCCCUCCGCCGCCCGCUCCGUGGCCCUCCUCCGGUCCCUCGGCGCCGGCGCCGUGAAGAUCUACGACGCCAACCCGGCCAUCCUCCGCGCCCUCGCCGGAACCCGCCUCCGCGUCUCCAUUAUGGUGCCCAACGAGAUAAUCCCCUCCCUGGGCACCAACGCCUCCCUCGCAGACGCCUGGGUCGCCGCCUACCUCACCCCCUUCUACCCCGCCGUCCGUGUCCGCUACCUCCUCGUCGGCAACGAGAUCCUUUCCUACACCUCCCUCGCUAGCUCCACCUGGCCUUUUCUCGUCCCUGCCAUGGUCAACAUCCACCGCUCUCUCAUCGCCCGCUCCAUCCGCGAUGUCAAGGUCAGCACGACCUUCGCCAUGGACGCCCUCGGGAUCUCCUUUCCGCCCUCCGCCGGCGCCUUCCGCUCGGACAUUGCCGAACCGGUGAUCCGACCUCUCCUCCGGUUCCUUCACAAGACCCGCUCCUACUACUUCGUCGACGCCUACCCUUACCUUGCCUGGGCCUCGAAUCCCUCCUCCAUCCGCCUCGACUACGCCCUCUUCACCGCCAAUUCGAGCUUCAACUACUUCGACCCCGGAAGCAAGCUGACCUACACCAACCUGUUGGACCAGAUGCUCGAUGCGGUGGCGGCCGCGAUGGGCCGUCUAGGGUUCGGCGACGUCCGGAUGGCCGUGGCCGAGACUGGUUGGCCGAACGCCGGUGACCUGGACCAGAUUGGAGCGAAUGUCCACAACGCGGCCACUUACAACCGGAACCUCGUGCAGCGGAUGGCGGCGCGGCCUGCGGCGGGGACGCCGGCCAGACCAGGGGCGCUGAUGCCGGUGUUCAUCUUCUCGCUUUACAACGAGAACCAGAAGCCGGGGCCGGGGACGGAGCGCCACUGGGGCUUGCUCUACCCCCACGGGAAGAUGGCCUACGAUGUGGACCUGAGCGGGCGGCGGCCGUUGGCGUCAUACCCGUCGCUGCCGCCCCCGGAGAACAACGAGCCGUACAAGGGGCGGAUAUGGUGCGUGUUCGGCGGUGGUCGGAGGGCGGCGUCGAACGCGACGGCAGUGGGGGCGGCGCUGGCGUAUGCUUGCGGGCAGGGGAACGGCACAUGCGACGAGAUCCGGCCCGGCGGGCCUUGCCACAAGCCCAACACGAUCGUGUCGCACGCCUCUUACGCCUUCAAUUCGUACUGGCAGCUGUUUCGGCGGGCCGGUGCGACGUGCUUCUUUGACGGGCUCGCCUUGCAGACCAAAACAGAUCCAAGUUAUGGAUCGUGCAAAUACCGAAGUUUGGCAAACUAAGCAGAUACUAAAAUGUAUUGAGGACACCAUAUUCAAGACUCUGUGAGUGAGAUUAGUUUGCAGUGGUGUCUCAGUUUUGAGGAUGGAUAUAUCUACAUAAAUUCGAUGAUGUUUCACUUCGCCGUCCAUAUAUUCUCUACAUGUAUCUCUUUUAAACUCCCUUUUUUUGGCAUUUUUAUCCAUUAUUGCACUUCAUGUAGUGUGUUGAUAUCAAAUGAUCGAUGUGGUAAACAUGGUAGUAUUUAUCUGGGAAUGUGAUUUCUAAUAGAAAAACUUUGUUGUUUUGGUAGCAAA